ACUGAAAAAAAAAGACAAAAUGGCUCAGACCAACCCAAUGCCCAUGGGCCCUUGGAAGAUCACCGUGUACGAUCAGGAGUACUUCCAGGGAAGGCGUAUGGAGUUCACCGCCAGCUGCCAGAACAUCAUGGAGUGCGGUAUGGAGAACAUCCGCUCCCUGAAGGUCGAGUGUGGCGCUUGGGUCGGCUACGAGCACUCCAGCUUCUGCGGCCAGCAGUUUGUCCUGGAGAAGGGAGACUACCCUCGCUUUGAGGCCUACAGCGGCAGCAACUCCUACCGCAUUGAGAGGAUGAUCUCCUUCAGGCCCAUCUGCUGUGCUAACCACAAGGAGGCUCGCAUGAUGAUCUUCGAGAAUGAGAACAUGGCCGGUCGUCAGUUUGAGCUGUGCGAUGACUACCCCUCUCUGCAGGGCAUGGGCUGGAUGAACAAGGAGGUUGCAUCCAUGCAGGUUCAGAGCGGAGCCUUUGUGUGCUACCAGUACCCCGGCUACCGUGGUCACCAGUACAUCAUGGAGAGCGACUGUCGCGGAGGAGAGUACAAGUGUUACCGUGAGUUUGGCUCCCACGCCCAGACUCCCCAGAUUCAGUCCAUCAGGAGGAUCCAGCACUGA